AAACAAAUAUUACUUUAGUUUAAUUAGUAUGCACACGUUAUAGUGUUGAGUUUAAUACUAAAUUAAUUAUAAUCAGAAGACUUAAAAUAGGAAUCAAAUAAACUAAACAUGCUGAUAUAUAUUUUUCUUUUUUCUUUAUUAUUUUAGAAUAUCGCCUUAUGGAAAUAUUGCAUUUGACUUGUAUACUAAUAAGUUAGAUUCUCUGUACGUUAGAAAUAAACAAGAAGCUAAAAGUUUGACCGGAACAUGGUUUGAUGUUAACAUAUUAUAUUUUAUAAUGUUACUUGUAAUAAUAUAAUUGGAUUUGGCAAGAUACAUUGCCUCUAAAAGCUUUCAUCAUAUCAAAUCAUGUGAAGUCCGAAUACAAAAGAUUCGAUCCUGUUCCAAUCAAAGUCAUAUCCAAGUGAAGGUUUUUUUUUUACAUUGAAGCGUAUUUUUAUACAUUGAGUUUGUUGCAGAAGACUGAAAAUACACUUAUGCCUUUUGUUCGUCGUAGCUCGUCAAAGUUUGAUCUGUAUGUAAAAAAUCACCAUAAUUCUUAAAAAUCACAAAGGGCUUAAAGAGGUGUAAAUAUAAAAAUGGGUUGUCGACUCAUAAGAUUCAACAAAUUUUAAAUUAUGCACUUUGACAAGGAUAAUGAGAUGAGACUUUGCAAUAGCGUUGAUGGCCAGAAUUGUUCAAAGUUUGAUAUCAAGAAGAAACGACGUGCAUAUUUAUUAAUUUCCAACAUUGCCAAUGCAUAUUUAUUUUUUCUGAAGUGUCGCUAUCAAUAGACCAAUCUGAUUAAAGAACAUAUCUUUACAACGUUUUUGAUAUGUUGAGAAGUUUCGCUUUCAAUAGACCAGUUUGAAUAAAGGGAAAAACGUUCUAAAGAUGGUCGAUAAAGGGUCAUUUUCAGUUACGUCAGAAUGAACUGAACUAUUUACAUUAUUUCUUUUUCUCUAUAAAAGUCGGCGGUUACAUUGUUUCGAAAGAUCAUUUGGAAAAAAGCCACUUGUCAUCUGAUUGGUUGAAUUCAUUUGAAAGUUUUUUUUCUGACGUCAAGGAAAAUAAUUAUUGAUGGGUAUUUGUUGGAACUCACUGAGCAUUGCGCUAUCUUAUAGAUCUGUAUUUUAGUCAGAUUGAUAACAGAUAUAUGCCUUGCAUCUAGUUUUUCUUUACACAUGACACUUCGGUUUUGACUUAUCAAUUACUGCAUUUUUUUCUCUUUUGUACCUGUUAUUGAUUCGGUUUUUCUUACGUUCCUUAUGACAACAGUUGUCAAACUCGUAACAAUUUGUUUCAGCAAACUAGCAUAUAUAUAAAACAGACAUAUUCAUUUUAUGGGUUAUCACAAACUUUAUAUGUUUCUGAAUCUCGGUCCAGAAUUUUAAUACUAUAACAAAUGAAACAACGCGCAAGUGCAUGCAUAUGUAUUAUUAUUAAGCCGGAUAAUUAUGCCAGACAGUGCCAAUGUGGUAUUUUUGCCAUUUCCUAAAAAAAAUAUCUUCGAACUGAUAGUCGUUUGCCCGGAGAGUUCAUGUAUGUAACCACUUUUGUUCUUAAUGUGUCGUAUAAUUGAUGAUAUAUUUACUUGAAAAGAGUAAUAUCACUUUGAAAAAUAGAAAAUUCUACAGGAAGUAUAUUUCCCAUAAACUUAUGCAUGAUUUACUAGCAAUUUUGUUAAGGCAGGUUGUUUUUUUUUUACAGAAAGUUAAGAUCUGAUAUAGGAUUAAGAGAUUGGAGUUAUGUUCAAAUCCUAUCGGAAUUUAAAAUUCUUUAGGAAGUUCAUGUUUUUCUAUAGAAAAUUUUGUAUAAUCAUGUAAUCUCCACUUGCAUCCGACAAAAGUGUCAUUUAUGUCAUUUUUAAAUGUAUUUAACUAUUAACAUUAGGUUGAAAAUGUAAAAAUGUUAAUGUUAUGUAAUAGCAUGUCGUCGUUCUAAUAGAAACUCCUAGUAAUCUAGAUCCACCAAAGCGUGUCCACCACUGUACUCUCAUUUUUGAUAUUUAUGGAAGGUAAAUUUUUGAAAAUUGAAAUAGGGUUCUAACUAUUCUUAAAUGGACCCCGAUCAUGUAAAAUUCAAUAAAGUUUUCGAACAUCAUAUCAUAUGAGUAAAUGUAAGCAAUUACGUUGCUGCAACUGUAUCGUAGUUUUUGGACAAACCUAAACUAAAUAAUUCUACAAGACGUACUAUCUAAUUUAGAUCAAUACGUGAAAUCCACUUGAAUAAUAUAAAAAAAAGUUCAUUGAUUAAUAGAAAAAUCUUAUGUACGUGCAAACGUUCUGAUUGACAUGAAACGCUUCUGAUUGGAUUUGUUAGUACCGACGAAAUUUAAGAAAAAAGAGAAAAAAGAUUUUCAAUACAAAUCAUGAUCGUCAAUAUAAUCUAAUUAUGAGUCUUAAAUAGCACAGACAUUUUAUUUAACAAACAACAAUGGCUUCUGAUAGAAAUGCAUGUCACGUUGUCAACUAGAACAGAUUUAAAUGGAUUGUAUCUAUGUUUAAAUCAUGGCUUGAAUUCUGUCUUUGUAUAGGUCGGAAUUACAAAUGGAUAUACGCUGUUGGACUUGUUAGCCAAAAAAAAAAAAACGCAAAAGGAAUUUAAUUUUAGUUACGCAAGGCAAUUUAAAAACCAUCUUGUUGAGGGGGUAACGUCGAGUUGGUCUAAAUUUAAUCGUCGAUCAUGAGUUAACGUGGGUUUAAAGAUGAUAGUUCAAAAGCCGUUGAUUUGAUUUGAUUUUUAAUAUAAGAUAAAAAAUUAGAUGAUGAAAAUUGCACAUUGUUUUUCAAACCUGUUUUAUGAGUGCAGUUUAGGGCAUAUAUGGUACAUGUAAUGAAAAGGAUGUACACAGACGAUACUAAGACCUUUUUCUUUUUAGAUUAUCACAAAUCCCUAGCAUUAAUGCAGUCUUUUGAUAAUAUUACGUCAAUUUUGGAUACAUAAGAGAAAAAAAAAAAGUAUUUUAAAGAUGUGCUGGUAUGAUUGACCUUGAAACCCAUUUAAAUGCCUCUUAGUAUUUAUUACAAACGGUCAACUUAUUAUGUUUUAAGUUAAAUCUGAGCAAGGUUACUUCAGUGGGAAAUUUUUAAGCUAUAGAUUGCCCACUAAAGUCAGUCUAUAAAAUCUGUACAUUACAUUAAACUGUAAAGUUUACACUACAAUGUGUGAAAAUCACACAUUCUAACGUAAUAUGAACACUAAAAAUCUGUAAAUUUGACACCUCAAUCUAUCUGUUGAAUUAACACAUUUACACGCAUUGUGAAAUUUACAGUUCAAUGCGCAAAUUUUACACAAAUGUAUACAUGUUACACUUUAAUUAAUUAAAAUGCACUUAAAUGUGUUAAACCAACACGUUAAGGUGUUAAAUUAACAUUCUAAUCUGCGUAUUUCAUCUUUAAUAUAUAGUUGGCAAAUCUGAUGCGUCUUGACAGUUUAUUUGAUGUAAUCAGGUGAUUUAAAAAUUUGGGGACCUGAUAUAUUCAAUUAAAAAAUCAAUACAUGUCCUAAUGGACAUCCAGUAACUUAUACAAUUAUAUUCUACAAACAUUUUUGUAUUUGUUUUAGUAGAAGUUCAGUAAUCAUAGAAUUUUAUCAUCAUAUACAUUUGUGUGUCAUCGGCUUAACAAUGUUUUUGAAACCGUACUACAAUAAGCUUUGAUAAAAAAAAACGAAUUUCGGUCCAACAACGGAUUUACGUGGCACAGAAAUUGCAGAUGACAGGGGUUUUACGUAUAUGGUUUGGUACCUGUUGAUAAGGUAUGUUUUUAUUCAUGGUAGUGAUUUUUCAUAAACACCACAUGCUGUAUCUUUUUGUUGGAAAAUAUUUCAUUACAAAUGUACCUGGAGAAAAAAGUUGUCAUACUUAACCUUAAGAAGUGUUGUCGUUUCACUGUAUUUUUCAAUCUUUCGAAAAAAAAAAUCAUAUUUUGUUUAAAAGCUGAAAAUUUGUCCUGAACUAUUUGUCUAGUUCUUUGUGAUUUCACCGGUGAGUUUUUCUGAAUAUCAUUGUGUGUUUGGUCUAUGUAGCCCGAAUUUUAUCAGCAGAUGUGCAUGCUUUUUUUCAUAAAAUCAAGGGUAAUCACGGAGAAUAUUUUCGAAAAAAGUGUAAUACGUUUCACACAGAUAUUCAAACAAAAUAUGUGUGGUUUUAUUGAAUUUGUGUUUUAAAUGACAAUACAAUGGAUGAUUUUAUUUUGAUAAGACACAACAUAUAACGUUGUUAUCUUUACAGACACAUGAUAAUUGAACUGUAAAGUUUUGCGUGAAGUGGAUGUGAUAAAGACAGUAACAAACAUGGAUUACCAUAUCUUUAAACGUGAAAUUAUACACAGCGACUAUGGCACCAAAGAAAACGUACUUGAAAUAAAUCGGUAUUUAGAAAAACUCCAAACCGGUAUUUCGAAUUUACAAAUUAACCAACCAGGUACAAGUUAUGGAUGGAAAGACUGGGAGAAAAAAAAGAAUAUAACAAGGGAAAUGAAAUUUUGUGCCGACCUCAUGAUAGAAAUAUUUGGCGGGACGAAUCAUGAAGAACUCUUGCCAUACAGGUUUUCUUCCAAGCACAUAGAUCUCUGUGCAAGUAUUGCCGAGAUACCACGCGUACUCAGCGAAGUGUUGCAGUCUUUAAAACGUACCUCUGCCAAAGUCCGCUCCAUCAACAUCAGUGAUUUUAUGGCCGAAACUAUUGAACGCAGGAACGGCUUUCUGAAAACUUGUAUUGAUUUUAACAUUUUUGUUUGCCAAGGAACUAAAAAGGUUUUAAAAGUGAUGAAAAGUAGCAAGGAUCGUUCUGAAGUAGGAUUUAAACCCUUGCUCGUCUCUGUGGUUAUGCAAUUCCACUACAUUGAGAAAGGCUGUGGACUUGCUCGACUUAUAAUAGAACGGGAACAAAGUCGCAAUAGAGAUAUGGGAAACCAAUCAAUUCCUCUAACAAAAGAGUUUAAAAAGAUGUUUAAACAUACUAAACGUGUGUUGAUCAACGGAAGAUAUGCGUUACGCAGUUUGAGUUAUAGAGAGCACCAUGCAGUGGAUGUAAAUGUUCUUUGCGAUAAAAUCAAAGAAUUGGAGAAUGUCUUACAAAGUGGUACUGGAGAUUUGAAUGAUAUUCUAGAAGAAAUCGAAGUCACGUCCUCCAAGAUAUGCAAGUUAAUCGAUAAAGGAGAAAAAUGCCUACCAAAGGGAUAUCAACAAAUAGAAGACGUUACAGUAAUGAAUUCGUCAGAUUUUGACCGGCAUCUCGAAGAUAACGAAUUUGUUGAAAAUGGUUCGGAUUUUGAUGGUUUUCUCAAUGAUGAUAAUAAUGAUGAAAAUUUAACCAGACUACCUGUAAAAGAGAUAGAAAACGUAUUAGUCAGCAGUGGUGUGGAUAAAAGUGAAAUACUUCAUGUUUUCAAAAUGGAGGGUUUUAAAUCACCUGUAAAAAUAUGUGUCGACAAUCACUCUGAAUUCAUAAAGUCGAAAGUUGGCGGGAAAGUCUUCAGACAAGGACUAUGGGUAUCUGCACGAGAUGUUGUAAUUGAGGGAAAUCAAGUCUUUAUGACCAUAGAACCAGGGGAAUUGUUUAUUGUUUACUACGAGUUUCCAAAACGUAAGAAAAAGAUGAGCAAGGAAGAAAUGAAAAGGGGACUGACGAUACCAAUACCUGAAGCACAUUGCUCUGUGACUGUUCCUCCAUCAGAUGUUGGUAGAGAUGUAACAAUUAUGUGUAAGAUACACAUGACGGACGAAACUCGAAUAAAAGAAUACAAAGAGGAACAUCCAAACGAGUAUGGGGAUGUAGCAGUAUUGGAUGGUGUGCAAAUGAAAUCCACCGCAGAAAUAAACAAAGGGUUUGUUGAAUUCCAAAGAGGCAAUCAACAACACCAAAAUACAAAGUAUUUUUGUUUUAAGACUUCAGGAUUUGGAUUGAACGACUGGGAAUGCAAUAAAGUGGAACCAGAAUUUCAAAACAAAAACAUGAUGUUUCAGUUGAGCGAAGAUGAUAAAGUAUCUUAUAUCGUUGCCAUUGAUAAUGUCGAAUCAAAGAAAAAUAAAUCUAGCGGGAUUCUAGAUUUAUUUCUUACACUUCUUGGUUUCAAAGCACAGUGCAAAUUGUUAACACUGUAUAAAGUACCCGAGGAACAAGAUAACACUAUAAAUUUGUGCGUUCUUUGUAUUGAGUCCAAAGGGUCCGAUCUCAGUGAUCAAGCAUCUAGAUAUUUCAUGAAUAACUGGAUUCAAAUUGAAGAACAUGAUGAGAGUUCCGAUUUCCUCAUAACACCGGGUGAUGUAAUUCGUCUUGGAUUCAGUGGAAAUGUCGGACCAAAAGAAGGAAAUCCGCCCGUUAUAACUUUCAUAAAGAAAGGAUCGUGUUUCUCACGUGUAGAGCUUCAUUGUCUUGAUAACAAAUACCCAAAAGGAUGUGUCCAGAUGAAUCUAAACGAUAACACAUUAGAUUCAAAACAACUGGAUUGGAACUAUCUUCUAGGAAAAUGGAAACAUGGAGAUCAGUUCCGGAGUGAUGUACAGGAUGGUGGUAAUAAGAGUUCAUCUCAGUGCAACCUACUAUGAAUUGAGAUUGCAUGCUUUUUACCCACUCAAAUGACUUACAUUCCAUUAGUUUUCGGUUUUGGUUUAUCUUACGUUGAUAUGUAAUAUGCAGGUAUUGCUACAUUACUAAAGUUUUACAGUACAUCCUAACCGAUAUUGAUAGGUUGUUAGUGUCAGUUUUCACUUGCAUUGUUUUUGAACCUGAACAAGCCCCAAAAGUUAUCAAAACACCCAAAUUAAAGGACAUUUUGGAAUUUGUUACCUCAGCCACGCCUUUGCAUACCCUCUUCGAACUACUGUAGUGGCAUAUGGUAUAUAACUAAAUUCUGGCUAUUAAAAAAAAUAAUAACAUUUUCAAAUUUGUUAUAACUCGUUAUCUUAUGUGACUAAAACAAUACGUACUUAUACAAGUAUUAGAAAGUUAGGAACAAUUUUUGAACACCACUGUAUACACAAUGACCACCGAUUUGUUUCAAACAUGUUUAUUGUAAAAAAAAGAAAUGCAGUUGGGAUUAGGGACCUUUUUCUAUAAAUUUGACCUCUCUCUCCCACAAGCUAAUAUUGUAUGUUUUUACAAGCUGUUUUCAUAUCAGCAAUUUUUAUUCAUUGAUCUUAUUUAAUAAAUGAGCUAA